UGUACGGAGGCCGCGCGUUGAAAAAUGUUGCAAUUGUAUUAAUUUAUCGUCGGUUAAAUUAAAGAUAAGUCGUCAAGACGUGAACGUGAUUCAGUUACUGAUCUCGUGACACGCUUAAUGUUUAUCACUUGUCUUGUUAUCACACUUGUCUACACGUGGCUUUUUCAUAUUGAAAAUAAUAUAAGCAGUAGUGUAGUUUGGACUUUAAAAGGAUUGCGUACAUAUUUGGGAGGCGAGUGUAUAGAGAAUCAAGAUCUUAAUAAAAUUAAGUGAAAGAGAAAUUAUAAAAAAAAAAAAAUAUAAGUAACCACAAAAUUAAAGAAUAAGUGUUUGCAGAAAAAAAAAUCAAAUCAAUCAAUAAAUUUAAAAAGUACUCAAGCCAUUUCUUGGUUUUAUUGAAAAUAAACAAAGAGAAGGUAUAGAACAUAAGAGAUCAAAGAGAGUGUAAAAAUCAAAUCUCGAGGGUUGACUUUAAAAUCAUCACAUAACGAUAUGGAGUUUGUAAGAGAGGAAUGAUAGGAUGCAAGAGGGUAGCACCGCCGUGGCGCUAGCAAUGGUGACUCCUGGUUACGAUCAGGACCCUGCAAGUGGGGUUGCCGAUUAUACAACGCACCAAGAUCAAGCUCAAUUUGAAGCUGAUAAAAGAGCUGUAUAUAAACAUCCUUUAUUCCCACUACUGGCGUUACUUUUCGAAAGAUGCGAACAAGCAACACAGAGUUCGGACAACUCAACGUCCGAAAGUUUCAACAUGGACAUACAGGCUUUUGUCCAGCACCAAGAAAGAGACCGAAAGCCUUUUUUAAUCAAUGACCCAGAGAUUGACGGUUUGAUGAUCAAAGCCAUCCAGGUCUUGCGGAUUCAUCUGUUAGAAUUGGAAAAGGUUCAAGAAUUGUGCAAGGACUUUUGCAACAGGUAUAUUGGUUGUCUCAAGAGCAAAAUGCAAAGCGAGAAUUUAUUACGAAGCGAUUACAGUCAUCACGGACACGACAUCGGUCCAUCAAGUGGCAGCAACGGCAGCAGUCCACUGCAGGUGCUGUCAUCUACAGGCAAUGAUGUUGAGCCGGGAACUAACGGACUCGGAGUGAGCAGAGGAGACAUGCUGUCGGAGAACGGCAGCACGAGCCAGGAAAUCGUCCAGGUCGAGGGCACCAUCGAGAGGCCUUCAUCCGCCCGAUCUUCAUCCGUUGCUCAACGUUCUAUCAGAUCUGACAGUCAGGACCAGGAUGAUCCACUGUCACCCUCUACCGUACAUGGUAGUACACCUCUCUCUCAAAUUGGAGCACAUCCUUGCGCUUCUGUUAACGAUAUUUAUCUUGGUCAAGAUAUCCUUCCAGAUCCUUUGACAGAUCCACUUGCGCAUCCUUUAAUUGACAAAGAUGUAUAUCUUAAUGAUCGAAUGUAUGUCGAAGAAGUUGGGUAUUGGGGACUUUUACCAAUGCAAGAUCGUGAAAAUGGAUACGGAGAUAUAAAACAUUCAAAUCAUAAAAAAUAUUUCGAUAUUACCGUUCCAGGAUCGCCUUCUUCUGUGCCAAGUGACGAUGAAGAUGAGGGAUGUGGAUCUACACCCUCAAAUCAUACUGGUGGUAGUGGAAGUAAUCGAAAGGGUAGACAAAAACGUGGCGUACUGCCUAAACAAGCCACUAGCAUCAUGCGUGCUUGGCUAUUUCAACAUUUAGUCCAUCCGUAUCCUACGGAAGAUGAAAAACGUCAAAUAGCAAGUCAAACAAAUUUAACGUUACUUCAAGUGAAUAAUUGGUUCAUAAACGCGCGACGACGAAUUCUCCAACCAAUGUUAGAUGGAGCAGGUGCUGAAGCUCUUCCACGUUCUGGUAAACGGCACAAAGUUAUGAAACAUGUUGUACAACCGCAACACCAGCUACAGCAACAGCAGCAGCAACAGCAACUGGGUGGUUGGCAAUCAGAGGAUUCGGGAAGUGACUCAGGUUCUAGCGAUGGUGAUGGAGGUGCCGAUAGAUUUAAAGACGGCAAUGAUACCGAUGAGGAUGAUCUUCACUGACCUCCGUCUUUAAUAAAUAUGUCGUCAACCUCUCUAUGGUACCUUCGAACCAAGUUGCUCACUACAGUAUUAAGGUAUUCGAGGUUAGAUAACGCUUUAACUAUCAAAUACGUAAUUAAUCACGUAAAUAUCAGAGAUACGUCGCUAGAAAUUAUCACGCUCUUGUACCGGCUAUUAUUAAUAAUAAUAAUAAUAAUAAUCUCUUUCAUCAAUCAAUUUAUUUAUUCAAUUAACUCAUAUGAUAUUUAUAAUAAUUAUUUAGAUUAAAUAUAAUUUUUAUAAUAAUAAAUACUUUAGUUUAAAAAAAAACAAUAGCCGGAUUGUUUUUAUUAUUAAAGAUCAAUUAAUCAAUUGAUAAAAUUAAUAAUAAAAUAAAUUUUUUUAAAUUUAAAUAAUGUGCCAUCGUCAGAGAGCGUGAUAACUUUCACGCGUAGUCUGAUCAGCUCUGCAUCGUCGUGACUUAGCAAAGUGCUGUCCCUCCAAGAUAAUAAUAAUAAUAAUAAUAUUAAUAUAACACUUCUUAAAUAAAAAUAUAUUACAAUUAUAUUUUUAAACUCUAAGGUUCGUCUCUGUGCAUGUACCGCAAUCAAUAAGCCUCGGUACUGCUGUACAUAUACCAUACUGAGCAGUUAUUAAAAUUAUAAAUUACUUAAUAAUGAUAAAUUUUUAAGAUAUAAAAUAAUGGUAAUGAAAUUUUAAAUAAUUGCAUAAACGUUAUAUUGAUAAAAUAAUACUUUUUUCUUGUAAUUCUUAUAACAUUUUUGACAUGACAUACGCACACGCCACUUGUAGUUUAUAAGAAUUAAUUGUCUAAAUAUCUUCAUUAAAUAUUAUGAUAAUAAUCCAUUAUCAUUAAAAUAACUUAUAUAUUGUACAUUUUAAAACAGAACGAAGACACUUGAGUAAUUUAAUUCACUAACGCUUCCACAUUAAUUAUUUAUAUUUAUUUUGUCUUCGCAUAAUAGUUCCGUCCAUUGCGGCUUAACUUCCACUACUCCUCAAUUUCAAUAUUUUUUAUUUUAAUUUAUUAUUAUUAUAUUUAUUAUAUACUUCUAAAUCCGAACGUUCAUUAAAACAAAUAUUUUAAAAAUUAUCUUUCAGUUACGCGCUAUUUUUUUUUUAAUGAAAUUAUUAUUUUUUUUUAUUCACUAAAAAACUUAAAUAUUAUUUAAAAUGUUCUUAGCAAUGUAUAAUAAUAACAAUAAUGACAAUUGCUCGUUUUAAAUAUUAUUUAAUAAAUAACAUUAAAGAACGUUCGAGAGCAAAUUAUGUAAAUCUCUAUGUAAUUAUAUCUUCCAAAAUGUAUUAAUUAGUAAUGUACGUGCAAUACUUUUAUUUCCUAUCUAAAAAAAAAAAAAAAAUAAAUGCCACCCGGCUGUAAAAUAUUAAUUUAAAAAAAAUAGUAUUGCCGAUAAGAGACAGCUGAUUGUGCAAAUGCACAUAAUAUCGAAUACAAUUAAAAAAAAAUUGUAUGACAACGAAUUGAUCUAAAAUAAAUGAUCUCGUCUAUUUAAAAAUAUACCUGUGGCGUGUAUGUACGUGCUCAAAUUAAAUUUUAAAUUUAAUGACGAAUGUUUGAUAUAAAAAAAAAAAUAUAGUUUUUAAGGCUGAAUCACGUAUACGUAUGUGCUGCGGCACCAGACGACUGUGAUAACUCGGUGGGCGGUGCCCGGCCUCCUAAUUCUUACUACUUAAUUCACGAUCAAAAUACCCCAAUAAAAUAAAUUUACGUUGAUGAAUGCACAGCGUUGACUGAUGAUGAUAAUGUGAAAAACUGUUGUUACAAAAAAAAAAUUGUAUCCAUUAGCGUACUUAUAAAAAAAAAAAAAUUUACAUUUUUUAAAUUUGAAAAACUGAAAAAGAAAACAAAUUUAAUUUAAUAAAAUAAAACAAUAAACAAUGUGAGAUAAUAAAAUAUAAAAGUGUAUUAUCUUAGCAUAAACUUGUCAAAUGUAAACGGGUGCGUAAAUUAUUAUUGUCAUAAAUUUAUGCAAGGAAGUUCAAUUGUAAUAAUCAAAGUAGGAGUGAUCAUUUAUUCGCUCAAUUAAUAAUUUUAUUCUUAUCACAAUUGUUCAUUUUAUUUUUCUUUUGUUUUUACAUAGACGAAUUAUUAUUAUAAAUAUAUGACUCAUUUGUAUUGCGUUUACUUAAUUAUUGUUUAUCUAUAGUUACAUUGUUUUGUUAUCAAAAUGAGGUCAUGUGAUUGGAAAAAAAAAUAUAUUUUUUAUUAUUCCAGUUGAAUUGAAACAAUUUUGAAAUUUAAGUAUUUAGAUCUUUCUACUUUGAUUUAAAAAAAAAAAAAAAAAAAAAAAAAAAAAAAUAGAAAUAAGUUAUUAAAAAUAAUACAUAGCUAUGAUACAUGCAUUGCGUAUAUUGAAAUAAAUUAAUUUUAAAAAAUAUGCGUGAGUGAAUUGAAUAGUUAUGUUUUGUGUACAUCAAAAGCCCUGUUAAUUAAGAUUAUUAAUAAUAAAUGCCAUAAAGCUUGCAAUAA